UGCCCGGCCCGCCGCGGUUUCUCAGGGUCUGCCCGGCCUCUAGGGGGGAAAGGAGGGGGCGGUUCCGCCAGCGGCGCCCGCCGCGGCUGGGCCGGGCCGGCGCCAUGUUCACCAGCACCGGCUCCAACGGGCUCUAUAAAGCACCUUUGUCAAAGAGCCUGUUAUUAGUCCCAAGUGCCAUCUCAAUUCUAUUGACUCUGCUCUUCCAACAUUAUCAGAAGUUCUUUGCAUAUAACCUACAAGCUAUAAAAGAGGAUUUUCAGAUUUGGAGACUUGUAUGUGGGAGAACAAUAUGCCUUGAUUUGAAAGACACAUUUUGCAGCAGUCUGCUCAUUUACAACUUUAGAAUAUUUGAAAGAAGAUAUGGCAGCCGAAAAUUUUCUUCGUUUUUACUGGGUGCUUGGACACUCUCGGCUUUGUUUGAUCUUCUCCUUGUAGAAAUCACCCAGUAUAUGUUUGGCAUCACCAUCAACAGCUUGCCUUCUGGUUUUUUGGGUCCUGUGUUUGCUCUGUUUGUACCAUUUUAUUCCUCCAUUCCAAGAGUGCAGGUGACACAAGUAUUAGGCCAUUUUUCUAUCACAAACAAGACACUGGUCUAUAUAUUGGGUUUACAGCUCUUAACCUCUGGUUCCUACAUCUGGAUUUUAGCCUUAAGUGGACUGGUUUCUGGGAUUUGCUACAAUAACAGUAUAUUAAAAGUUCAUCGAAUUCUUUGUGUACCCAGCUGGGUAGCAAAGAUAUUUUCUUGGACUCUUGAACCAAUCUUCUCGUCUGCGGAACCAACAAAUGAAGUUCGAGUGGGAAUGGGAGCAACAGUUGACAUCCAGAGGCAGCAGAGAAUGGAGCUACUGGAUCGUCAAAUCAUGAUGUCUCAGGUUGCCCAAAUGAGGCGGCAAAGGCAGCAGCAGGGUGGGAUGAUUAACUGGAAUAGACUGUUUCCUCCUUUACGUCAUAGACAUAAUGCGAAUUAUCAAGAUCAUCGCCCAUCUGAACAAGACACACCUCCACCUACCGAGGUUUCUGAAGAGCAGGUUGCACGACUUAUGGAAAUGGGAUUUUCCAGGGGAGAUGCUCUAGAAGCUCUGAGGGCUUCCAAUAAUGACUUAAAUGUAGCCACUAAUUUUCUGCUGCAGCACUGAUGGUUUUCGGUGUGAAGGAACCUCACUCGAUGGGCUUGUGCGUCUGAAAGAGGAUCAAAGCCACCUGCUGGACGGACUCACGAAGGUCGUCCCCACAAGAAUGUCAGAAAAGAGAAACCGGCUCCGCGUGACUGGUGAUUCAAAGCGAUGUUAACGGAUGACGUGAACUGUUCCCAAGCCUUCAGAUGACUUGCUGGUUUCUAGUCUGGUUAUCCUUUUCAAAGUAACGUUAGUUUCUACUUAUUACUGGAUAUCACCUAAAUUUAUUUUUAAAAGUAGGUGGGUUUUUUUCUUGUAAAUCCUUGUUAGACAUAUUAUCAGACAUAAUGACUAGGAAAAGAAGCUCCAACAACCACAACUUGAUUUACCUAUCAAGAAAAAUCAUAUUUUCUUCCUUUACCGGUCUAAUUUCUCUAGCUUACAUGUUAUUUUACAGUACUUGAUUUUUGAUUACAGUAAUAAGAGGUUUGAAGAUCACUUCAUUUUCAAUUCAGCAAAGGGUUAGGGGACUACAUUGUCAUUCUUCAGAAAGUUUUAUUAAUGCCUGUAAUACUUUAUUUCUUGAAUUCCUUUUUAAAAAAUGUUGUCAUUCAGCACAUAACACACAGAUAGGAUGCGAGAAAAUUCACAUGCGUAUUGCAGGCUAUGGUAAGUGACCACUGUAAAUUUAAAAUUUUUACAAACUGAAUUAGUUGCUAUUCAGAUACAGGUCGUGAAGAUAUUCACUGGAAGCAAUAAAGGUGAAUUGAAUGGUACAGUAAGAUCAGAACUGAAAUUAUUUGAAUUAUUUCCAUGUCUGAUUCAGACAGACUUCUGUAAUGGUGGAUGUAUGGUCAAUGUCCUAUGUGCUGGUUUCAUUUUUUGAGCUGGCUACAUACUGUCUUAAAAUUAUAAAGACCUAACUUUUCUAUAUAUAGUUCUAGUUUUCUACUGUCAGAGAUGUGGAUGAUGCUGCAUCAGCUGAAUCCUCACUGUCUGAAGCAACUUACUGUUGAUCACGACUGGAAUAUUGAUAUGAAGGGUGAUUCAGGCUAACACAGGAGGUAACAGAAUGCUAAUGCCAACGUAGUACAAUAUUGGGUUAGAAGUUUAGAUUGAUAAAUAAACUUACUCAGCUUGACUCUCAGAAGCGAUCAGUAUUAGCAUCUUAGGAGUUUCAGGAGGUGGGAUGGAGAGAGGUGAACAUCUCUGUAAAACCAAGAUGAAGUAAUGCGAGAUUCCAAACUGUGACUUCGUGAAACCAAUCUACCUAUGUAUCUCAAGCAUUUAAUGUAUGUUUCUGUAUGCAUUUUGUUUGUACAUUGUGUGUACCUAUGUGUCUGUUUAUAUACACACAGGCAUAAUUAAUACAUAUGUACAUUUAGAAUAAGAUACAAGUCAUCGGAAGCAUAACAAAAGCAAUAGGAGGUACAAGGGGGAGGAGGUGAAAGAAUACAGGAGAGAGAAGGAUGUUUUAAACAUCCACAUGAACACGUGUGCACCAAAGAACAGACCUGCACAGUUUCUCUUGACCUGGAAAAUAUACUGGGAAAUUACAGGACAAGCUUUAGGGAGAGGGAGAUACCUUUCUUUUGUUUUUUUUUUUUUUUUAAUUGACUGAUAAAACUGAAAAAAGUCCCUCAGACAUUCAAGUCCUUAUCCAGAAAUGUCAAAUUUGUGCAGCUUUCGGCACAUGGCAUAAUUUUUAAUAAAGUCAAUGUCCCAUAUGUAUUUUUUAGUAUUUUCCAGUGGGUAAAAUAAGGGGAUUUUGGAAUUACUGUGUCUAUUCCUGGGCUGUGAUCAACCUCCUUCAGGGUUUGGCUUGAUGCUGUGAUCACAUUAUUUAGGCAGGGUCUGCUUUUUCAAUUGAAAGGUUUUGUUUGUGUGAAGCUGAGUGGCUCUGUGUGUGUAUAGGCAAAGGACAUUUCUGUAUCCAGAGGCCUCUGGACACCUGCUGUCUUACAAAAGAAAAAAAACCAACUGUAGUAAUUUGUAUACAGAAACUAGUUAAAUGUUUUGAAACAAGUACAGAUUUUAAUUUUUAAUCAUACAGAUUCUUCCUUCACAAAUAUGUUAUCGAAAGUAGCAAUAAAAACUAGUGAAUUCCUUCAGAAGUUGAAUUUUUAUGUAGGAAAUAAAGGUCCAUCUAGCCCAGGGUAGAUAUAAUAUGACCUGUGCCCUUUCAGACAUUAUAGAAUCCUAGAAUGUCCUGAGUUGGAAGGGACCCACAAGGGUCAUCGAGUCCAACUCCUGUCCCUGCACAGGACAACCCCACAGUUCACACCAUGUGUCUGAGGGCGUUGCCCUGCUCUAGGGACAAGCACAAAGCACAUUUGUUCCUUGGAAUUUUAAAAUAUGUUGAGUGGCAUCCAGGACACGCAAGUGGAUAGUCUCCAAGUCUAAAUUGUUUCUUGCCGUAUCUCUACAGGGAGUAUCAAAAUGUCACAGUUCUGUGGAAAACCCCAUUUUGCAAAAUAUGUCAAACAGAAGGGGUAAAAUUCAGGUCUGGUGAUGUCAGCUGAAAACUCCCUUUGACAUCUGUGAGAAUGGUUUUUGCUCAAAAGACUUCCAGGGUUGUGAUUUCCAAUUAAAAAAAAACAUUUAAAAAAUAGAAGUGGUAAAAGGAGGAGUCUCGGAUACUGUUGAACACAGUUCCUGUUUCAUGCAAGAACCAUAGCAGAAAAAUUCACACGUUAGAGCUGGAAAACAAUUUGGUUUCCCCUCAAUGGGGAAACUUUCAUGGACCAUUUCUGUGAACGCGAGGAGCUUGUUCUUCACAGCCUACACAGCGUUUGUCUGAUACAGUUUUGAAUGUCUCAUCACACAGUUUCUGGUUUUUGUGUGACCCAACAUUAUAUUUUUAGGCAGCCAGAGAAUGCAGAAUACUUUUCUACAGAGAAGAUUUUAAGUCCUAAGGAAAUUCACGCUGAUUUUAGUAUUUGGUAUUUUGAAAUAAAAGUAAUUGCUGCUGUUAAAAAUUUUCUGCUAGAUGAGGAAUGUUGUCUUUUCAGACAACAUUGGAGUCUUUUAUUGGAGACUUUCCUAGACAGUUACGUGAUACUCUGAAAUACACCCGCAGUGAGGUUUGUAUUUGUGGAAAUCUGCCUGAUAAGCUGCCAGGUUCUCAAGCCCUAACUUUUUUGCUAAGACGCAGAACGGUUGGGCUCCAUACCUCCCAAAACCAUUUUCCUCUCCCAAAACAAGUGUUAAAGGUUGCCCGCUACUUACAUGCGCACAUGGACCGACACAAUUGAUGCGUGUACCGACCUGUGCUGUCCAGCACUUGUCGGUGCCUUGGUGAACAUGUCAUGGAGAAAAGGUCUCGUUAUUUUUGUCUGAAACAGAAGAACAAGCAAGCAAAGCCUAUUGCAAGGUGCUGGGCAAAUGGCAACGUUUUUUGGCUCUCCUGUUUGUGUAUGUGUAUAUGUAUAUAUACGUAUAUGUGUAUAUGCAUACAUAUGUGUGUAUACAUAUGUAUAUAUACAGAGAGUGAGCAUAUUUAUGUAUUGAUUUGAUGAAUUUAACUGGAGCUUAAAGUUUGUUGAAGAAAAUUAAAAGUCUGUAUUCAAAGACUCCCAUCUCUCAAACGUGUGCAUUUGGAGUACAUAUGCAGUUUUGAAGGCAUCCAAAUUUGAAAACACUCAGAACUACAGUUCUCAUGAUGUAGAGGAACUGUGUCUCUUUGAAAAUAAAUAAAUGCACAGUAUUCAUUUGAA